UUCAGACCGGAACCGGAAGUUCCGUGGGCAGGGCCCUAAGCGGAAAACGCUGCUGAGCCGGAGCCGGGACACGGCUGUGGCCACCCUCUGGUCCACCGCCACGGGUCGCCCGGCGGCAACGCGGUACGGCUCCAGGCUGAGGGCCGGCCCGGAGGCGGGUGGGCGCGGGUCUCACCCGGGUCGUCCGGGCGGCACGGUCCCCGGGCCCCCCGGGCGCCACGGGGGAUCAUGUCUACAGCAUCCGCCGCCUCCUCCUCCUCCUCGUCUUCUGCCAGUGAGAUGAUCGAAGCCCCGUCCCAGGUCCUUAAUUUUGAAGAGAUCGACUACAAGGAAAUCGAAGUGGAAGAGGUUGUUGGAAGAGGAGCCUUUGGAGUAGUUUGCAAAGCUAAGUGGAGAGCCAAAGAUGUUGCUAUUAAACAAAUAGAAAGUGAAUCAGAGAGGAAAGCUUUUAUUGUAGAGCUUCGCCAGUUAUCCCGCGUGAACCACCCUAAUAUUGUAAAGUUGUAUGGCGCCUGCUUGAAUCCAGUGUGUCUUGUGAUGGAAUAUGCUGAAGGGGGUUCUUUAUAUAAUGUGCUUCAUGGUGCUGAACCAUUGCCAUAUUACACUGCGGCCCACGCAAUGAGUUGGUGUUUGCAGUGUUCACAAGGAGUGGCUUACCUACACAGCAUGCAACCCAAAGCUCUAAUUCACAGGGACCUGAAACCACCAAACUUGCUGCUGGUUGCAGGGGGUACAGUUCUGAAAAUCUGUGAUUUUGGUACAGCCUGUGACAUUCAGACACACAUGACCAAUAACAAAGGGAGUGCUGCUUGGAUGGCACCCGAGGUGUUUGAAGGUAGCAAUUACAGUGAAAAGUGUGACGUCUUUAGCUGGGGUAUCAUCCUCUGGGAAGUAAUAACACGUCGGAAACCCUUUGAUGAGAUUGGUGGCCCAGCUUUCCGUAUCAUGUGGGCUGUUCAUAAUGGUACUCGACCACCUCUGAUCAAAAAUUUGCCUAAGCCCAUUGAGAGCCUAAUGACUCGUUGUUGGUCUAAAGAUCCUUCCCAGCGCCCUUCCAUGGAGGAAAUUGUGAAAAUAAUGACUCACUUGAUGCGGUACUUUCCAGGAGCAGAUGAGCCAUUACAGUAUCCUUGUCAAUAUUCUGAUGAAGGACAGAGCAACUCUGCCACCAGCACAGGCUCAUUCAUGGACAUCGCUUCUACAAAUACCAGUAAUAAAAGUGACACUAAUAUGGAGCAAGUUCCUGCCACAAAUGAUACUAUUAAACGCUUAGAAUCAAAAUUGUUGAAAAAUCAAGCAAAACAACAGAGUGAAUCUGGACGUUUGAGCUUGGGAGCUUCCCGUGGGAGCAGUAUAGAGAGCUUGCCCCCCGCUUCUGAGGGCAAGAGGAUGAGUGCUGACAUGUCAGAAAUUGAAGCCAGGAUCGCUGCGACCACAGCCUAUUCCAAGCCUAAACGGGGCCACCGUAAAACCGCUUCAUUUGGCAACAUUCUGGAUGUCCCUGAGAUCGUCAUAUCAGGCAACGGACAACCAAGACGGAGAUCUAUCCAAGACUUGACUGUUACUGGAACAGAAACUGGUCAGGUGAGCAGUAGGUCAUCCAGUCCUAGUGUCAGAAUGAUCACUACCUCAGGACCAACCUCAGAAAAGCCAACUCGAAGUCAUCCAUGGACCCCCGAUGAUUCCACAGAUACCAAUGGAUCAGAUAACUCCAUCCCAAUGGCUUAUCUUACACUGGAUCACCAGCUACAGCCUCUUGCACCGUGCCCUAACUCCAAAGAAUCUAUGGCAGUGUUUGAACAGCAUUGUAAAAUGGCACAAGAAUAUAUGAAAGUUCAAACAGAAAUUGCAUUGUUAUUACAGAGAAAGCAAGAACUAGUUGCAGAAUUGGACCAGGAUGAAAAGGACCAGCAAAACACAUCUCGUCUGGUACAGGAACAUAAAAAGCUUUUAGAUGAAAACAAAAGCCUUUCUACUUACUACCAGCAGUGCAAAAAACAACUAGAGGUCAUCAGAAGUCAACAACAAAAGCGACAAGGCACUUCAUGAUUCUCUGGGAUUGUUAAAUUUUAAAAUAUGCAAAGAAAGACUUUUUUUUUAAGAAAAGAAAAACCUUUAUGACAACUCAUGAGGGUUAGCUUUUUUGGUGUGUUCUGAAUGCCAACUGCCUAUAUUUGCUGCAUCGUUACAUCGUUUAUUUUCUUCCCGUGGCCAAUAUGCAAGUUCACUGUCUCAUUGCAUAAAUGAUGGCAUCUGUGACUCAGAUGCACAGCCAUUCUCAGCUUCAGAACAGAUGCCGUGUACUGUGGCUGUACAUGCAUGCUCAUUGUGUGGAGGCUAGCCUAACCAAACACGGGAAUCGAACUAGCUGCUACAUAUGCAAACAUCCUUGUUCCCCUAUGGGAGGGAGAACCUCAAGAAUGGUUUGGUUUUUGUAUCUCAUCUCAAGAAACUAAUCACUGUUUUUCCAAAAGAUGGUAUGCACCAAGUUAAAGACAGGGUAUUAUACAUCUAGAGUAAUUGGUGGCACAUUAUAGAAAUACAGAACCUUUAGUGUGAGUUUAGAGCGAGGGCUUUGAUGGCAGCACAUCCUUGGGCCAGCCAUGAACUUGGUCCCAUUGUUUCCAUCUGUAAAAUAUUUACAGGUAAGUGGCAGCUGCUAUAUCUAAUGAAAGCAAUUUGCCAGUUUUUCACUAGACUAAAAAUUGUGAUAUAUUCAUUGAGCAAAAUAGAGCUCUUUUUUAAAGACAAAUAUUUUUAAUUCUGUGAGUGUUGAAACAAUAAAGCUUUUGUGGCUAGUAUUAAUAUCAAGUGAAAUUGAAAUGCAAAAGAGGAUAAUCUAGCUUAAAUGAUCAUGUAAUGAUUGAAUUGUUUUACCAUAUAUUUGAAAAUACUGAAAUCAUGGAAGAUAGAAAUUAUUGCUUCCGGUGAAUGGCUUGUGUUUAGAUUUCUUUUUGUUAUUCUAAAUGAGGAAUAACGCAGGCAACAGAAGUUAACAAAGUAAAAAUAAAUGAAUCAAGUAUCUUACUUAGCCUAGACAUUAGAAUCUGGCAAGCCCAUUCUGCAAUGCCUGCUGCCUUUCAGCACUUGUGAGAGAAUUUCAGCACUUACAAAGAGAAUGUUUAUAUUCUUAGCAGUACUUUGCUACCAACCUUCAAAGUAACUUAAAGGUAAUACUAUACUAUCACUGAAAUAUAAACUAUACAAGCUCUAUUUUUUCAAUUGGUGUUAAUGUAAGUCAUCGUCAGACUUGUUUUUAUCAUAUUAAUGUUUUAUGGAGAGAGAAUUAAAAAUGAAGCCUAGUUUCUCAGAUGGCUAAAAUUUCAUCAUGAUGGCAUUAUAGUUUUUGCUCUGUUUCAGAUAAGCAAAUUGAUGAAGUUAUCAAAACUAUUAUUAAAAAUGCUAGAGCAGGCAUUAUUUUCCUAUCUUCCCCUGAGUUUUAUAAUGAAUCCCAGCUGUAUACAAGCAAUAAAGGUAAAGGUAUGUUUUUACUAAGUUGUGUCAUUUGUAGCUUUGGGGAACGAAGUGUCUUCUAUCACUUAAGAAAGAGGAGGGUUAUUAUUCCAGAAUAAUUAGAUUACUUAGCUGAAAUUGGUAUUGAGCUCAACGUUUUAGUGGUGAAAUAAAACUGACAUAGAAAGUAACCAUAGCAAAGCCAAGCUGGUCCUGGCACUAGACAUUAGUACAUCUGUCACUCCACCAGAAGGGACCUGGUCACCUGUAACAGCAUAUCUAGAUAUGUUCAAGUGUGAAUGCUAAGGCUUAGCUUUUUCCAUUAGUAUUUAGCAUUACAAGUUUCAAAUUUCUAGUCAAUGAUGUGUUUUGCUCUAUCAUAACAUAGUUAAAUGGAAUUGUUAUUAUUAUUAUUAUUAUUAUUACAUGCAAACACUAAGUUUAAACUAUCCAAAUAGGUAAAUGGAUUAAAAUGGUAGAGUUAGGCAUAGUACCAAAUACAAAAGGCUUUUGGGCAGUUGCUUAUUUCUUUACAAUAAAUUCUUGGCAAUUUUCAGUACUGUAGUUGUCCUGAACAUUAAGCGCAGUUCAGCCUUACUCUGGUUUUAAAUCAUUUCAUUGCCAGUUGCAUACUUUCAAGUUCCAAUUAUCUCAAAUGAUGGCAAAAUGACAUGAGGCAUCCUGGAAGUCCACAGCCAGUUUUAUCAGUGUCUUCACACAUCACACCUUCAGACAUGUUUUCAAGGAGCCAGACUUGUUUUCCUACUACUCGUUUAAUCAUCUGUUUUAACUCUUGGGGAGCAACAAUAACAGGAAAGCAAACAAGUCACUAAACUGUCCUAGUCUAAGAUACUCAACCCCUGAACAAAUACUAAUUACACUGUAGUGGCAUCUCCAGGGAAAGCAAGCAAAGCUUUUAUCUAAUUGAGGGAAAUACUCAGCCGUAAAAAUUGCUUUUUUGAGGUUGAAUAAAAAGUCAGUUAAGAAUGUUUACUUGAUAACAAUACAGCAUAUUGGAAAGAUUUGUUUAAACGUUAUUUGCUAAUGUUUGACUGUUUUUUUCCUGAAGUAUUUUAGCAUAUUAGAUGUCGUUUCUUCAAGUUCCUAUCAUGUUCCUCAUUUUAGCUCCUGCUCGUGGCCAGCGAUCACAGGUCUGUGAAACUUUGGUUUCUUUCUGUAAAUGUGUGUGGCUUUUAGUGCCCAGCACCUCUCUUCACUCGAUAGUAAGUUCUAAUUUUGUCAUUCAGAACAUUUUAUGUAAAAUGAUGUAAUGCAGAAACUCUUGUGCAUAGUAUGUAAUGGAAGGAAGCUUUUUAGAUUUAUUUUUGUUUUUAAUAAAAUUCAGAUUGUUAUUCUAA